CAACGAGAAAAACGACAAAGUUGUUGCACAAAAUCAAUCUGUCCAAACUCUCUGAACAAACGACCUUGAUAGUCUUGUUCUGGUUCCAAGUACCAGUCAUACUUUUCCUACUUUCCUCUAUUCGGGACUGAUUUCUUAUUCGAUUUCCAUUUCUCUACCAUCUCUUAGAGCCAGAGCGAGAGAGAAAUGGCGUUAAGUUUAUCGUCGACGGUGUUUGCAGUUUCUGUCCCGUCAGUGAAAGCAACAAGUUGCUCUAAAAGCUUGGUCUCAUUCGGCUCGUCAAAGUUAAAUCCUUUGCGUUUCAAUUCAAUCCUCUCUUCACGUCGAUUGCUUUCCAGUAAUUUGAAUAAAAUCAAAUCGAAAACUUUGCAAGAGAAUGAGGAGAAAGUGGUGGUGGAGGAGUCAUUUCCAUCAAAAGCAAUUACUGAUGGUGAGGAGCAACGAGGCUGUGGAGAGCUUCCGGAGACUCAAUCGUCUAGUACAUUGGAGAAAUGGGUUAUUAAGAUUGAACAGUCUGUGAAUAUCUUUCUCACGGAGACGGUGAUAAAGAUACUUGAUACUUUGUACCAUGAUCGAGAUUAUGCAAGAUUCUUUGUACUGGAAACUAUUGCGAGAGUUCCCUACUUUGCCUUUAUUUCUAUUCUACACAUGUAUGAGAGUUUUGGUUGGUGGAGAAGGGCAGAUUAUCUGAAAGUGCAUUUUGCAGAGAACUGGAAUGAGAUGCACCAUUUGCUUAUAAUGGAAGAAUUGGGGGGCAAUGCUUGGUGGGUUGAUCGCUUUCUUGCUCAACAUAUAGCAAUUUUCUAUUAUCUUAUGACAGUCUUCAUGUAUGCUUUAAGCCCAAGAAUGGCAUAUCACUUUUCUGAGUGUGUGGAGGGUCAUGCAUUUGCAACUUAUGACAAAUUUAUCAAAGCCCAUGGAGAGGAUUUGAAAAAAAAGCUGGCCCCUGCUGUUGCUGUAGAAUACUACACCAAGGGGGACUUGUAUUUGUUUGAUGAAUUCCAAACAUCCAGGCCUCCCAAUACUCGAAGGCCGAAAAUAGAGAAUUUGUAUGAUGUGUUUGUAAACAUCCGAGAUGAUGAAGCUGAACAUUGUAAGACAAUGAAAGCCUGUCAGACGCAUGGGAAUCUUCGUUCUCCUCAUUCAUAUCCGGAGGGUGCAUUCGAAGAUGAGUUUGGCUGUAUUGUUCCUGAGAAAGAUUGCCAAGGAAUUGUCGAUUGUGUAGUGAAAUCUGUUUCAUCCUCAUCCUCAUCAGAGAGCCGGAUAGACAUAUGAGAAACUAAUACUGGGAAAUUUACUUUUAUUACUCGAGCCGCAGAAGAAUACAUAGACACAGCACAUAUACAUGUUUUGUUUCAGAAUAUGGAUUCACCUAAGAAUACUUGGUGAAGAGUUUACUCCACAAAAUAUCUUCGUAGGUACAGUGGGCUCCAUUUUGUACAAUGAAGUUAUCUUGUAAGAGGACGUGAGCAACACCAUUAUUUCAAGGAGUUAAUAUACUGUUUUUCCUGUGAUCUUGAUUC